UCCGUUUCAAAAUGGCGGACGAGCUAGAAAAGUUUCGUUCGAUGCCUGUUUUUUGGACCAGUGAUGAUGACAAGAGCGGUAACUUUGCAAUCAUCCCAGGUAUCACACGUAUGGCUGGCGUUGGAAACCUACGCCCAAAGGUCAAAGGUCAUCGCACAAAGGAGGUGAAGGCAGGGAUUCCUCGACACCAGCCACUGGUCGAUGAGUUGAUGCUGAAGGAGACUCUGAGAGACGAUGAAGAAAAUGAGACCAACUCGGAAAAGGAAAACUCCGGCUCGAGUCAGCUGACCUACACCAAGGAAUCGAAGUCAUAUCAUCCUCGCCCCAAGCAACGUCUGAUGAAAGACCUUGGAAACCAACCUCGGCCCAAGAACCACUCGCGCAAGGCAUCACUCAGCGAUCUCUGUGUGGAGGACAAGAAAAGGGUGGCAAAUCUUAUCACGGAAUUGGCCAAACUUGGUGAAGAGAAAGAGUCUGCGGUGGAGACAUUGCGUGGGGAACGUAAUCAGUUUGAAGAGAAGAUUGGAUCACUCGUCCAACAGAAGGAGAGCAUACUCAAGGAACGAACAGAGAUCGAGGCCCAACUUGAGGAGUGUCAGCAGCUGUUGAUAAAAUAUCAAGAUCGCAUUCAGAAACAUCAGGAGCUGCUGAUGGUGAGGGAGGAGGUAGCGCCUCCUAACAGGGCAUCAACCCCAUUGAAAACACCACAGCUGCCUAAGCCAGUAUCUCCACACCUACAGGAUGGUGGCGUCACCAGUCCCAGGUCUGUCAGGAAUGCCAGUAUGUACACGCCCAAACAAACGAACGUGCCCGACAUCGCGCCUCUCCGAGAUCAAGUCCCUAUGGUGCCCCCUUCAGGCCACUACAUGAUGUAUCCACCAUUCGUGCCGCUGUCCCAUGCUUACCCGUACCCAGUCCAACCAGACCCACAGUACCCAGGGCCUUACCAGCGGAGGUACACUAAUAAGAUUGAUGCCAUGAUUGCCCAAGAGCGAUGUGAAGGGCCUACAGACCAGUUUAUAGAUGCUGGAGUCUCCAGACCAGAAAGGAACAACUACAGACCAGAAACAGAUGAAUACUGGCUGAAACCAGAUCUGUACUAUGAAGCAACUGGGAAGGCACCGCCCCGUGGUUACCAUGGCGAUGAUUGGGAAUCAGAGAAACAUAGACCGCCAGGCCCGCUGCAUAACCCACUGCUUUCCAGCACUCAGAGAAGUGGGGUAGACGUGUCACAUGCAAGAAAUGGUGGUAAUUUUGCACCUCUUGUUCCUGAGUUUGGUGAGAGUUAUGCUAGCAUUCCAGUAGUGAGGAGCCACGCUCGCAGUGAUCAAAGGGACUUUGCUGUGCAGAAUGGGCAUGGAGAUUUCGAUCGCAGGAAACACAGAGAUGUGCUGAAUGGUUAUGAUGCUUACAAUGGACACAGGCAUGUGGAGGUGGAGGAAGAGAAUCACAGGCGUCAGGAGUAUAACCAGAAUGGUUUCAGGGAUAAUGGGUAUGAAGGAAACUAUGAUGUUAAUGGGAAUUGCCACGGCCAGUUUGAAACAAACAAAGAUGCACCAAUCAGAGGCCAGCAGCUUAGUCACAGGGAGAGAGAGUGGGAGAUGCAUCACAGGCAUCAUGAGCAAGAUCACAGGGAGGUGGAGUAUGAUUCCUCGCCCAUUUCAACGAAUUUCCACGAUCACAUCAACGGGGAUUCGUUCGGGACGUAUUAUAAGAAACUGACGCCAGAAGAACGACGGAAACAGAUGGUGGCUCAGAAAGAGGCUCUGCUACGAGAACAGCAUCGUCUGCGUAAGAUUCUACACGAGCAUGAAGGCAUGUUACGGGAGAAACAGUUACAACUACAUCGCCAGCAAGAAAAACAACGACGUCGAAUGAAAACGUUUGAGAAAACUGGUGAAUUCCCGUUGCCGACGGAUACUGAAGAAAGCGGGCCAGAUGCUGUGGAAGAAAAAGCACAGAAAGGGAGGAUACCCAUUCCAGUUGACCUUCCCCCUUCUCCUGUCCACAAGUCCUUCAUUGAGGCUGGCACCUCACCACUGAGGUUUUCUGAUGAGGCACCGCUGCCAGCUUCACCGCUGUUCAUGGAUGUAGCGACGGAGAUGACGCAGCCUGAUCAGGUGGCGCCAUCUUUGAGGUCUCCACCACCAAAUGCGUAUAUAGACGAUGGAUGCAGGCGACUCUCUUCUCCUGGUUUGGACUUUGAUGCUGGUCGUCAAGGUAACCUCCCGCUUGUCUACAAUCGCCAGCGCACAACACCAAGGAGCACAUCUCUAACACCGCCAUUGAGUGAGAGGGCGCUAUCUGUUGUUGAGAUCGUCGACAGCUUGGAGCACAGUGAACCAUUGUUUAGUCCUCGCCACGUGUUGGAUAGGGGGAGCCACCGGUCGGAGUCUGAUGAAGAGGUUGAGGAAGAGGAAAGUAAACUCCUUGAGGAUGUUUUCUUUUUGAAAUGAGUCAGGAUUGUGAAAGAGUGAACAAAUCUGUUUGAACCAAUAAUCUUAUCCAUUCUCCCUGCGUGCAGGAUUGACUGAAGUGUUUUGACUUAUCUCCCUGUGUGCAGGAGUCUGUAGUCUUUAUGUGAGAAGUUUUAAUGGGAUCAAUUGAAAGAGAUAAUGUCUUUAGGAUACCUAACAAACCGUCGGGGAUAACGUCAGUUUUAGGCUUUUGAUCAACCACGCCCAGGAGAACAGAAUGAACAUUUUGCCUUUGGAAAAUCGCCUUUCUCUGACAGUCCUCAGCAACUGAGAUUACUUGGAUUGUUAUCUGAUGGAGAAUAUCUUUCAUUGUAAUUGCAAUUGUAUUUCAUAUUCACUGCCUGUUGUGCAUUUCUUCCUACCAAGUAGGAUGUUAGGGACGUAAUUCAUUCAAAGCAGUUGACUUUGUUAACUGUAUUUUAUCAAUACUGGAAACCCUACACAGUGCCGUCUGGUGAUUGACUGCUAUGGAAACCCUACACAGUGCCGUCUGGUGAUUGACUGCCACAAUGUGUUCCUUGCCAAAAUCUUUGUAUUUUCCAACAAGAGAGAAUAGUUUCAACGUUGGCUGCGUGCAGCUGUUUAAGGCCGGCCAUGAGAGGUUGAGCCAGGUAUGCAGUUAACUGUUAGUAUUACUGCAGUGGCUUCCACCAUGGAAUGUUUGAUGUCUAGAAAAGGUCGGCCUCAAUUGAAAGGCUGAGUCUGUUACUAAGUUAAGGUUAUGGUGUAAAAUACUUUUAAGUGGAUUCAACGAAUGUACUGGGCCUUUGUGGAUAUAUGUUGAUUGGUUUUAAAGUUUCGAGUACUGUGCUACAAAAGUUGAAAUGAAGAAUUCAGAUGCAAGAGCCACUUCCAGUAUUUUCGAGAGAACACAACUUGUUUGGUGUUUCUUUUAUGCCUUGUGUUUUAAAAAGCCGAUUUUCAAUGUGAUUUUGUGGGUGUUUGGUAUUUUUUAUCAAAAAACACCCGAGAAGCAGAUUGUGCUUUGUGAAAUAUUGAUAAACAUGUUCGU